AAAUGAACCGUUACACUAUCAUGAAACAACUAGGUGAUGGCACCUAUGGCAGUGUGCUGAUGGGGAAGAGCAACGAGUCAGGAGAACUUGUGGCUAUCAAAAGAAUGAAAAGAAAGUUCUAUUCAUGGGAUGAAUGUAUGAAUUUGAGAGAAGUCAAGUCUCUGAAGAAGCUAAAUCAUGCCAAUGUAAUAAAAUUGAAAGAAGUCAUACGAGAAAAUGACCACCUUUACUUUGUAUUUGAAUACAUGAAGGAAAAUCUCUAUCAGUUAAUGAAGGACAGAAACAAGUUGUUCCCUGAGUCAGUCAUCAGAAACAUGAUGUAUCAGAUAUUACAAGGGCUAGCUUUUAUCCAUAAACACGGAUUUUUUCAUAGAGAUAUGAAGCCUGAAAACCUUCUCUGUAUUGGACCAGAACUUGUGAAAAUAGCAGAUUUUGGUUUGGCUAGAGAGCUAAGAUCUCAGCCACCUUACACAGAUUAUGUUUCUACCAGGUGGUACCGUGCUCCUGAAGUUUUGCUAAGAUCAUCUAUUUAUAGUUCACCUAUUGAUAUGUGGGCAGUUGGCAGCAUAAUGGCUGAAUUGUACACGCUAAGACCUCUUUUCCCAGGCACAAGUGAAGUAGAUGAAAUCUUCAAAAUUUGCCAAGUAUUAGGGACUCCGAAAAAGAGUGACUGGCCAGAAGGAUACCACCUUGCUUCUGCCAUGAAUUUCCGUUUCCCACAAUGUGUCCCUAUAAGCCUAAAAACUCUCAUCCCAAAUGCAAGCAAUGAAGCAAUACAGCUUAUGAGUGAUAUGCUGAACUGGAAUCCAAAGAAGAGACCUACAGCAAGUCAGGCUUUGAAGUACCCUUACUUUCAAGUUGGCCAAGUUUUAGGACCUCCUCCACAGUAUCUGGAGAAGCAGACUGCUAUUAAACCAGUUCAGACAACAGAGCCAAAGCCAGCCUUACCUAAACUGCAAUCUAUAUCCAAGCCAGAACCUCUGUCUUCACCUGAUGUACCUGACAAAACACAGCCACAGGCCCUGUCAAAGGUUAACCACCAGCCUCUCCAGCAAAUUCAAUUGCCUCAGAAUACAGCUAACCAGCAAGUACCAAAACAGCAGCAGCCACAGGCACAACCAUUUUUUCCAACAAUCAAUAAAAACUCAUCACCGAAUGGUGCAGUAGGUCCUAAAAGCUGCCGAAGACGAUGGGGUCAGACUUUAGUAAAGGCUGUGGAUAGCUGGGAUGACUUGGAUGACACUGAAUUUGGAAUGUCAUGUUCAAAGAAGCCUAGCAUUGCACUGUUGAAAGAAAAUAAAAACAAGGAAUGUCUUUUUAGUGUGCCAGAACCAAAAGCUUCGUGCUGUAUCCAGCCAGGAGGAGAAAAUAAGGUUCUGAUGAGAAAUGAUUCUGGAAGAUCAAAUACAUCAGCAAAACAGUACUAUCUAAGACAAUCAAGAUAUCUACCUGGUGUAAACCCUAAGAGUGUCUCUUUAGUAGCAGUCAAUAAAGAACGAUCACAUGGAACCUGGAACAACCAGUUGUUUUCUAAACCGCUGGCACAUACUGGAGGAGGAGUGACUUUAAACAGAAAUACUACAGAUGAGAACUUAAUUAUACCUAUUGAAAAGCUAUCAUGCAAAGAGAGAUUGAAUGAAAAAUUAGAGGAUCCAAAAGGAAAUCCUGGCUUUGUAAGUGGUGCUGCUUACAACCCAUCAGGAGUAUAUAUCCCUUCCUUUCAUAAAAAAGAAGUUGGAUCAACUGGACAACGGAUACAGCUAGCUCCUGUUGGUCCACCUGUAUCAGAUUAUUCCUGGAAAACCAAAGCUGCUCGUGCUCAGUUACCAGGUCCUACUUUCAAUUCAGCAGCAAAAAACAUGAGUAUUUUAACUCGCCCACCAACAAUUCCACCAGUACAUGGAAGAACAGACUGGGUGGCCAAAUACGGAGGAAACAGAUAAAAAAUGCCAUCCUGCAUAGAUAUUAUGCAAGCCGUGUUCAGUUCUCCUGCACUGGAAAC